CUUACCAAGAUUCUUGCCAAGAUUCCCUUAGUAAAUUUUACCAAGAUUGUUACUAAGAUUCUCUUAAUAAAUCUUACCAAGAUCCUUGCCAAGACUCAAGUAGUAAUUCUUACCAAGAUUCUUGCCACGAUUCCUGUAGUAAUUCUCACCAAGAUUCUUGCCAAGAUUUCCGUAGUAAAUCUUACUAAGAUUCUUCCCAAGAAUCCCUUAAAAAAUCUUUACAAGUUUCUUAUCAAGAUUCCUAUCGUAAUUCUUAUUAAGAUUCUUGCCAAGAUUCUUACCAAGAUACCCACAAGAAUUACUCCAAAUCUUGUCAAGAUUCCCUUAGUAAAUCUUAUUAAUAUUCACGUUGUAAUUAUUACCAAGAUUUUUACCAAGAUUCCUGUAGCAAUUCUUACAAAGAUUCUUAGCAAUAUUCCCUUAGUAAAUGUUACCAAGAUUGUUACUAAGAUUCUCUUAACAAAUCUUACCAAGAUCGUUCCAGGGACUGAAGUAGUAAUUCUUACCAAGCUUCUAGCCGAGAUUCUCCUAGCAAGACUCUUUUAAUAAAUCUUACAAAGAUUCUUUCCAAGAUUCCCGUUUUAAUUCUUACCAAGAUUCUUUCCAAGAUUCCCUUCGUAAAUCUUACCAAGAUUGUUACUAAGAUUCUCUUAAUAAAUCUUACCAAGAUCCUUGCCAAGACUCAAGUAGUAAUGCUUACCAAGAUUCUUGGCAAGAUUCCUGUAGUAAUUCUU